GGGGUGUGGCGGGGAAGGAUGCGAAACUCCGUUCCUCUGUUCUGCCUCUGGAGCGUCUAUUGUUGCUUUGCCGCGGGAAGCUCCACACCCCCUGGGCCGGAGGGAUGGCUGCGAGAUGAGCGCCACAAGUCUGGGCAUAUACAGGUUGCUGCCAAAUCUGUGAGAUUCAACCUCCGCACCUCUGGGGACUCAGACCAUGAAGGAUGCUACCUCUCCCUGGGCCACAACCAGCCCUUGGAAGACUGUGGCUUCAACAUGACAGCCAAAACCUUUUUCAUCAUUCAUGGAUGGACGUUGAGCGGCAUGUUUGAAAGUUGGCUAUACAAGCUGGUGUCAGCCCUGCAGAUAAGAGAGAAAGAAGCCAACGUUGUCGUGGUUGACUGGCUUCCCCUGGCCCACCAGCUUUACACGGACGCGGUCAAUAACACCAGGGUGGUGGGACACAGUGUUGCAAGGAUGCUCGACUGGCUGCAGGAGAAGGAUGAUUUUUCUCUCGGGAAUGUCCACUUGAUCGGCUACAGCCUGGGAGCUCACGUGGCUGGGUACGCUGGCAACUUCGUGAAAGGCACGGUGGGCAGAAUCACAGGUUUGGAUCCCGCCGGGCCCUUGUUUGAAGGGGUGGACAUCCACAAGAGGCUGUCCCCUGACGACGCAGACUUUGUAGAUGUGCUCCACACCUACACACGUUCCUUCGGCCUGAGCAUCGGGAUUCAGAUGCCCGUGGGCCACAUCGACAUCUACCCCAACGGCGGUGACUUUCAGCCAGGCUGUGGACUCAAUGACGUCUUGGGGUCAAUUGCAUAUGGAACAAUCACGGAGGUGGUGAAAUGUGAGCACGAGCGGGCCGUACACCUCUUUGUCGACUCCCUGGUGAAUCAGGACAAGCCGAGUUUUGCGUUCCAGUGCACGGACUCAAAUCGCUUCAAAAAGGGGAUCUGCCUCAGUUGCCGGAAGAACCGGUGUAACAGCAUAGGCUACAAUGCUAAGAAAUCGAGGAGCAAGAGGAACAGCAAAAUGUAUCUCAAAACCCGGGCAGGCAUGCCUUUCAGAGUUUACCAUUAUCAGAUGAAAAUCCAUAUCUUCAGCUACAAGACGAUGGGAGAAAUCGAACCCAACUUCUAUGUCACCCUUUAUGGUACCAGUGCAGACUCCCAGCUUCUGCCUUUGGAAAUAGUGGAGCAGAUUGGGCUGAAUGCCACCAACACCUUCCUGGUCUACACCGAAGAGGACCUGGGAGACCUCCUGAAGAUCAAACUCACCUGGGAGGGGACAGCUCAGUCCUGGUACAACCUGUGGAAGGAGCUUCGAAGCUACCUGUCUCAGCCCCGCAGCACUGAGCGGGAACUGAGUAUCAGGCGCAUCCGGGUCAAGUCGGGGGAAACUCAGCGGAGAUUAACUUUUUGUGUGCAAGACUUUGAGAACACCAGCAUCGCCCCUGGCCAAGAGCUCUGGUUCCACAAGUGUCGAGAUGGCUGGAGAAUGAAAAAUGAAACCAGGGUUCCCUACAGCCUAGCUGUGGAGCUUCUCUGAGGGGCCAGCGAGGCCCUCCCACCCCCGCCUUCCAGGGACACGGAGGAAAGUUACUGCUGAGGACCCACCUGAUGGAAGGACCCCUCUUGGCCUGGACCCUCGAGCCCCGGGAAGAGUCUCUUUGCUGGGCCCAAGACCUUACCUCCUAGGAUGGUUGGGACUUCUCGCC